AUGUCCGCCGACAGUGACGACGAAGCUCUGCCGGUGCGUGAAUUUCUUAAAGGACGUUCUGAAGUGAAAUCUGGUGAUGAACUCGAAGCUGCUGUAGCUGAUAUUCCGCCGCUUCUCAAAAUAGACAAAAUGGACUUCUAUAAUAACAGCCCGGACAGAGAGACCCCAGUCACUUACGAGAAAGUGAGCAGGAAGGGAGAACUGUAUAAUCAUCAUCCGGAAAGCACAACGAACCCCGUGGAGUUCAAUCAGCAAGUCGAUACGGAGGAUCUGGAGAUGUUGCGAAACAAAAGCACCAACAAGCAGUUUGUGGAGGUAAGAAGAAAAGUGUGUCAACACAUGUUCCUCUUACGACAUUUAAAAAAAUUGUAUGUGGCAGUCAGGCGCACAUUGAAAACUUUCUCGUUUUUCCUCGAGUCAUUCCCUCCUUAGUUUUGAAUUAAGUCACGUCGCUCGGUAAGAACAAUUGUGAUAACGUGAUUUUUCCAGGUAGUCAGAUAUCUUCCCGAGCACAAUUUCUCAGUUGCCGACACAUGGAAGUACGUGAGCGAGCGGAAAACAGGGGACCCGUGCUACGCGUGCAAAAUGACCAAAUGUUUGCGGACGCAGGAAAGAUGGCAAGGAAGAGUGGUAGGCGUGCUUUCUGUCCUCUCUGCUUGAACACGCUAUUGUUGCAGCUGCAUGGGUGCUACCCGAAUGACGACAUCGCCCAAUUCCAACAUGAUCGCACUAGCCGAAUGGCCAGCUGCUAUUUCGUGAACAAAAAGGAGAACACGAUCACGUCGGACAAGUUUUUGGACGUGCUCAGUGACUUCGAAGACAUCGUUCAGCACCGCAACGGGAGAGAGCGCAAAUUCACGAAGAGACGCUCCACGUUCAAGGAGAAAGGAGCCGCGGUGAAAAAAACUAAGUCUAAGUAGGAUUUUCUGUAUGAACAUGGAAAAUCGUAUUAUUAUCCCCCAAAAUUUAUAAUAUUACUGGAAAUCUUUUUUAAUCCAACAGAGAGAAAGAAAAUCUCUGCACAAAUUUGAUUUUAAUGACCCCUCAGCUAUCGAACGGCGACAAAUGUCCUGUCUGAUUUUAUUUGCUCUGACACCACAAUCUAUCCCACCUUGUAAAAACCUAUUUCAAACAUGGUAAAUCCUUAUUAUAUCAGUGCUUUUUUUGUACUUCAUAAGUUAUCAGCACACGCACACUCACUUUAUCUUUUAUUCACUGUCAAAGUUUGUGAUCAACUCGUAAUUGGAAUAAACGCAAAGUAAAACACAGCUUCUUUUUUGGUUCAUUGCAAUUGUCGUUUUGCUCGUUGACGAAAUUUCUCGAGAGUUGCUAUUCAGAAUUUUUUUAUUUUUCCAUUGCAGUUUCCGAAUAAAAUGAACGGAAAAUCAGAAAUAUGAAGUGAGGUGUUCCUCGACAAUUCACCUGCCGGAACAGUUGAUUGCCCUAAGGGCAACUACAUGAUGGCCCCCUAUCCCUAGUCACUCUCAUUAUACGUAGUUCGACGAAGGUUCUUGCCCCCGGUGCACCCCCUCCCCCCAUUCUAUAUUUGAAAUCCUCUGAGCAACGAUAUCAGAAUAUGUAAUUUGUAGAGACUAAUGAUCCACUUUUGAAAAAUGUUCUCAAAGCCAUGAAAAUGGAGUCAUCCGAAUACGAACAAACCAAAAAUCAAAAGAGGCAUGACCCAUCUCACCAUAAUAGAAUGUAAAAACUGUGUCCGCAAUAUUGAAAAUGUCUUUAAAACCGGCCGAAAAGUGUUCAUCUCACUCAUUCUCCUUCCAAGAAAAUACGUUUUCGUCGUCAUCCAGGUAAGCUAAUUAUGCUUCUUUUUGAGUUGAAAACUAUGAAUUAUCAUCAAUAAGGCCCGCGCGCUUUCGUCCAGAUACUCGCCAAGCCUACAAUUAGUAGUCAGUAAUAAUCACAUUCUACUUCUUUUUCCGCUAACUCUUCUUGAGGAAAACACUAGUUAUCAGCACGGAUAAAGUGCUCAUAGUGUAUUUUUCAACAGAUCAAACAUCCAUUUACAUUGCAAUUAUUCAUCAACCUAACAUUUUUAUUUUCAGAUGUCCGGGACCGCAAAUGUCACACAAGCAUGCGCGGAACUGAGUCAUUUGAUGACCAACCUCACGUGCGAACCUUGUGGAACGAUUGAGCCAGUUGUCUUGGUUACCGAACAACUUUUCCCCGUGAGUUGAUUCAAAUGAACCUGUUGAUCAAGUCCAUAAUAGCAGAAGACUAAACCCACUCGGUUGGAUUACAAAGGUCCCGUUGUUCCACUGCGGCAUCCCGCAAUCGAGAAAGUUCAAAUUCCCUCGAAAAUUGCCGAUUUUGACCUUAUGCUGCGCAAUCCAAGAACAUACGCUGCAACCGUACCGACUCGUGCUCAGACGUCGCAACAAAUAAAACGACGUGUCGCCAUUCCAAGACGUAGUACGGAUGUUUCUCCGGCUAUCAAUGAGAUUGUCUCUCCAUACGAAGAAAAAGAAUAUUUCACAGGGAACAAAGAGGGAAACGGCGAGAAGAACGAUAUGCACGACCGAAAGAAUGCUCCAGAUUCGCCAACUUCUAAGAAAUUCAGAUCCUGAAUCAGUUUACGAUUACGUGGUUGUUUUACUGAACUCUGUGCUUGUCGAUGAUGUUUUAGUUGUUAUUCAGCUUAUUUCCGCUGUUACAUAGUUUAUAAUUAGACUAUUCCAACCAAGGAAAUUGUGAGAUCAUAAUCUUUUGUAGUCUUUCUCAUUAACACUGUUAUUAGUUUCCUGUCAAAAUGGUUCUCGAAUCUUCUAUGAUUACUGGCCCGAUAAUAUGUUUAUUUUGUUUUUCUGAAAAUGAAAGCGACUAACAGUUUGAAAUGUACUCAAAUUGUUGGACUAAGAAUCACGAGAGCGAUGCGUCAGAAAAGAAGCUGUCCGCGGUGUUACCCUUUUGAUUGGUGGCAAAUGAGAGUGUGUCGAAGGAGGCGAGUGUAAUAAUUGCGGGCCCAGUGGUUGCCUCGCACGUCGUUGCUCCGAACCACUCCACUUGUUCUCUCACACCUACUCGAAUCGUUCCAGAUUGGCACUUCAUUUGAUGACACUCAUCGAGCGCCUUUGCAUUGUCCUGCUUUUCUAGUUCAUUAAUGAGUCCAAUUUUACUCGUCCUGUUUGCUUUUUUCUCAUUAUCAAGUUCAACUAACUUCAUAGACUCGUAAGUUAUUGAAGCUUUUCAGUGUUUAAUUUUAUUUGAAAUCAUAUCAUUUAGCCAACACAAUGUUAUUCUUAUUUUGACUGACGAUCAGGAUAUCGAGCUGGGUUCUAUGAACUUCAUGCCAAAGACGUUGAGUAUUAUGAAAGAGCGUGGAACAGAAUUUACUUCAGGGUACACUUUACUAACGUUUUCCAGAGAAAAUGUGAUGUUUUAGGUACGUCACGACUCCUAUUUGUUGUCCCAGUCGAUCGAGUAUUCUGACCGGAUUAUACGUCCACAAUCACCAUGUUCACACGAACAAUCAAAACUGCACGGGCGUUGAAUGGAGGUACGAGGAGGAUGUCUUCACUGUCAGUAACGAAAUAUUCAGAAAAGUGCACGAAAAGAAGACUAUUGGAGUUUAUCUGCAAGAAGCUGGAUAUCGGACGGCGUAUUUGGGGAAGUACCUCAAUGAAUAUGACGGGUGAAACGAUUACAAACAGAGAAUUUUUAAGUUUUCUAUGUUUUCAGGUCAUACAUACCACCUGGAUGGGACGAAUGGCAUGCGAUUGUGAAGAAUAGCAAAUUUUAUAAUUACACAAUGAACUCAAACGGAGAACGAGAGAGGUUUGGGAACGAAUACGAAAAGGUUACCAGCUCGUUAGCAGUUUCUUAAACUUUUAACUAGUUUUUUAGGAUUAUUUUACGGAUUUGGUAACCAAUCGUUCACUUGCCUUCAUUGAUAAGCACAUAAAAACAAGAGCAUGGCAGCCAUUCGCUCUGAUUAUUUCGUACCCAGCUCCUCACGGGCCAGAAGAUCCUGCGCCUCAGUUUUCGAAUCUUUUUGGAAAUGAAUUCAGUCACAGGUGGGUGCUUUCGGCACAUCUUGCUUAUUGCAACGACCUUUUUCAGGACAGGAAGCUGGAACUUUGCUCCGAAUCCGGACAAACAAUGGUUGCUCCAAAGGACAGGAAAAAUGAACAAUGUGCACAUUGCAUUCACGGAUUUGCUGCAUCGAAGACGGCUGCAGACACUUCAAAGUGUUGAUGAAGGGGUUGCACGGGUGAGUAUUCGUAUUAUCUUUUCGUGUGUUCAUCUCAUUGUUACAGUUGUUCAAUCUUCUACGAGAACUCAACCAAUUAUGGAACACUUAUGCGAUUUACACCUCUGACCACGGAUACCAUCUGGGCCAGUUCGGACUGCUAAAAGGAAAGAACAUGCCGUAUGAGUUCGACAUCCGAGUCCCUUUCUUCAUGCGAGGGCCCGGAAUUCCACGGAAUGCAACGUUUGUGACGUCAAAAAUUCACAUAGACUGGGAAAUGUUUCAGUUUUCACGAGAUUGUGACGAAUGUAGACAUUGCUCCCACGUUGUUGAAUAUUGCUGGAGUCACGAAACCUGCGAGAAUGAAUGGACGCAGUUUGCUGGAGUUGUUCGCUUUGAAAAAGCGGAAAAAACACGCGUUCUCAUUGAAACCUUGGCGGGAAACGGUUUUAAUUGAGAGAGGGUGAGUUCGAGAGAAGGCAUGAUCCUCAGAAAUUGUGUAUUCAGUAAAAUGCCCAAACUGAAGAAAAUCCGAGAUAGGUGGAUGAGACAAAAGAAGAAGUUUAACAAAGAAAAUCGCCUUUCAAAAGAGUGCAAACGGAGAAAGUGGCAACGCGAUUGUGUGGAGGGACAAGUAUUUAUCAUUUUGUUUUUGAAAUAGUUAUAUUGCAAGUUCAGCUCUGGAAGUGCUACUACACAGUUGAAGAUCGUUGGCGAAUCUACAAAUGUAGAGACAACUGGAAUGAUCAGUGUCCGUGUAGAAGGAAGAGAAAUGCACUGAAUGACGAAUUGGAUAACGUUGACAUGUUUUUGAUGCAGGCAGACGAGGAAGCCUUUGCUGAGGAAAAUGAUUGGUAUCAAGGAGAUUUUGAAGAUGAAAUGAAGGAAGAAACUUAUCACUUCCGAAGGGCAAAGAGAGGAAUUCUCGGUAAAUGCAACUGUAAUAGGAAUGCAACUCAUCCGAUGUAGGUCAAAAUUAGUUUUGCUUUUCUUAGAAGUUUGAUUCAGAAAAAAACUGGAAAUGCGCAGUUCAAAGAAGCGGCACUACUUGAAAUACAAGAAGAAACCGUGAGUGUCAAAUGCAAAUUGAAAACCUUGAAAUCUUGCAGACAAAAUGGCUCACUAAAGCCAAAAGACUGUUCACUUCCGCAAAUGAACUGCUUCACCCACACAUCGUCCCAUUGGAAGACCCCACCGCUGUGGCCCGAAGAGCUCGGCGAGUUCUGUUUCUGCCAAAAUUGCAAUAAGUAAGCGCAUAGCAUUUGUUCUCUUUUUCUUGCAUCACCUGAAGUUUUCAGCAACACAUAUUGGUGCUUGAGGACCAAAAACGAAACGCAUAACUUUUUGUACUGUGAAUUCGUCACGGAGUUCAUCAGUUUUUACGAUUUCAACGCCGACCCAGAGCAGGUAUAUAUGCGGAGCAGUUGCUCAAUGCCACAUCAAUUUCACUUGUCGAUCUCUUCUCAUUCUUUUCUAUGUCGCCCGAGCAUUAUUUGAUAGAUGCGAUGCGACCCUUCGUUGUCUCGCAAAGCCAAUUUUUUCCAGUUGAUAAAUGCGGUAUACUCGCUCGAGAUUGACGUGCUCGAGCAGCUCAGUGAGCAGCUGCGAAACCUACGGAAAUGCAAGAACCGACAGUGCGAAGUCUGGAGUGCCUCACAGCGAUUGAGCUCGCCUAAACUUGUCGAUUUGAGGGUCAAUGACAAAUCUUUUCUUAGUCCCGAACCGAGCAAGACCUGA